AUAGCACUCCUCCUACCGUACACUAAUAAGUAUUUGUUCUCAUUCUUCAAAGUCAAACCAGCAGUCGACAUUGCUCUCUCUAAAAUAUACAGCUACCUACCUUCCAACAUCAACAUCACCCUUCUCCACGGGGAUUCCCAAUGUUCUGAAACUGAAGCACCCUUAGAAGCUUUCCGUCUAUAUUAUGACAAAGAAAACCGUCCCACUUUAUUCCUGGGACCAAACUGUCCGUACGCCGUUGCUCCAGUUACCAGAGUUGUUUCCAGUUCAAGUUGGCAGCUCCCAAUCAUCUCCACAGCUGCUUUUAUGAAGAAUUUAGACAGCAAAACUAUGUACAGUUCUUUAACCAGAAUGCAUGGGACUUACUCCAAACUGGGUUCCGCAGUGGCGAAAAUCUACCAUUACUUUAAUUGGACAAUAUCGGGAAUGAUACUU